GGUCCGACAAAAGUGAUGCUGAAUGAUUUUGUUCGCAUGAUCUGGGAGCAAAAAGUUGAGGCUAUUGUGAUGCUAACAAACCUAAUAGAGGAAGGGAAGGUUUGAAAGUUGUUCAAUGUAUACAGCUAAAAUAUUAUGGAUUAACGUUGUAUCUUUUUUAUGUCAUUAUAGUCGGUCAAAUUUAAAAAUAAUUUUAAAAAAAUAUUAUCAAUGUUAAGAGAUUUUCUUUACCUAACCCUCUUAAUAGGUAAAAUGUGAGAAGUACUGGUCCGAUGCUGGCGAAGCACAGUUUGGUGAGAUAACUGUCAAACUAGCAGCCACUAAAUCGUUUGCUGACUACAUAAUCAGGUCUUUCGAGAUGUUCAAGGUCAGACACUAUUCAACGGGUGUCUAAAAAAUGAAUAAUUUUAGGCAAUAAAAACGAUGUAUUGUUUUGGUUAUUUUAGCCGAAAUUCCUGAAAGCCUUCAGGCAUUUCAAAUAAGUUUUGAUAUUAUUCUAAUGAAUUAAUAAGCUCGUAUAAACACGAGAAUUAAUAAAAUAUAUUUUAUUUAUUCAGAGUGACAAAGAGGUGACCCGAACUUUCACACAGUUUCACUUCACGUCAUGGCCAGACAAAAGUGUGCCCGUAACGCCCUGGUCGUUGGUGGAGUUUCUGAAGAGAGUCUCUGCUCAAACUACAAAAAGUCCUGUGGUCGUUCAUUGCAGGUAUUGCGAGCGACUUUCAAUGGUUUAAACAAUAACAAGGUAUACUUUAGAAUAUGUGAUGUUACGAAUAUCAGCACAUCGGCAAAUAGACAGUUUUAUUUGGCUUCAACUUCGAAGUGGUUAAAUAAAAGCUGCUUCUUGUUUUCCGGGUGUGAUCUUAUCGUGUAAGGAUUCUAAAACAUUUAGAUACAGUUUUAUGAGCUAUAAAUGAUUCACGUGGUCUUAAAUAAAAAUUUAUUUUUUACACAUUGAUGUCGAGAUGCGAGUCUCCUGUAUGGCCAAGUCUUUCACUUCAUUCCGUUCGACAGUACAUCAGACAGUAACAGUAACCAAUGCAACAAACAUCUACCGGUUUGUUGCAAACAAACAUUUAUUUAAUCACAAUUCCAAAACUAUGGUUGAUACUUAAUUUCUGAGCAACAAUCAAAUCUUUUCAGCACAACACUUAGCAAUAUGCAAAUCACAACAGUCAAUAUAGCACAUCCGCCAUCUAUCUUCUCUAACAACAACGAAAACUAACGCAUCACUUCCCACUACACAACUACGUCACAACACUCUCACACAAACGAUACAGCUACACAUAAAAUCUUUUACUAAACAUCUUUUCCCAAUCAAACGUUGAAACAAUAAUCUACACAUAACCACAGUGAUUCUCAAACCCUUGACAACUGAAACAUUGUUGAUAUAAUAAUACAAAGAACCAAAUAAUAAUUUUCUUUUAUUUACCCUAAUUUUUCUUUAAAAAUAUAUAUUUUUUUUUAAAUAUCAUAAAAUUUUCAAGAAUUGUUACUAGAAAAAAAAAUAAAAAAUUAAGACUUAAUGGCUAUUUACAUUUUAAACAAUCCAAAACCUAUAUUCAGUGCUGGUGUUGGCCGUACUGGAACAUUCAUUGCGCUUCACAGCGUGAUUAGGCAGGCACAGGACACUGGUCGUGUAGACUUCUACCAAACCCUAGCCAAAUUGAGGCAGGACCGAAUAUUUAUGAUACAGACGGCAGUA